UUCCGAGAAUUUAUUUUUAAUUUUUUACAAUUUUUUUACAAUUUUGCCGGUUAGAAUGAAGGUCAUUUUCUUACUGUGUUUUGUGGGCGUGGCGUUGGCCCAGAAGCAGUACGUGUGGGAUCUGCUGAAACCGGCGCUGAACGCGGCGGAAGUGCAGGCUAUUUUGGCUAACCGCGACGCCGGCCAGUUUCCUAUGUAUGCGACAAUCCCGGAGACCCGGUUCAGCUGUACGUCGAAGAAGCAGGCGGGCUUCUACGCCGACCCGGAGGCGCAGUGUCAGGUCUUCCACCGCUGCGAUAUCAACGGCAACCAGACCAGCUAUUUGUGUCUGAACAGCACGUUGUUCAACCAGGUCACGCUUGUCUGCGAUUAUUUCUUCAACGUCGACUGCCAACGGUUCACGUCGUACGAGGAUUUCGCCAAUUCGCGUCUGUACACCGACCAGCCGCUCUUCGACACCCCGCCCAACGACUACGUCCCGCCCGGCGUCGGCGCCGCGCAGAUCGUCGCCUCCGGCUCGGCCGUGGCCGGGAGUGGCGCGCCCCGUCCCGCCGCCCGCCCGCCCAUCAAACCGCAGCCGCGCCGCCGCACCUAAGAUUCCCGGCCCUCUGUCGUUAAUUUCCCAUCGCCUGCUUUGCUUUCAUUCCUGACUUACCAGUUCUAAUUGCUCUGCUGAAUGCACAUCAUGCGCAUAGUCGAGUUUUCGUCUUUCGCUUUCGCUUUAUCAAGAGCGCUGUAACACGUAUCAUCAAGUUAAUUUUGGUCCAUACAUUUAAUUCGAGAGAUAUUCCUGUAAUUUUCCCGUACUGUCCAACCGCUUAAUUAAUCACCUGGCACUGGAGCGCUGCUGCACAAAUUCAUCCACUAUCCGCUCAAUAAAUGUCAGUGUCGCAGAACACACAAUUUAAUAUUGCCGAUCGUCAACAAACAGAACAACAAUUAACAAAAAAAGCCUCAAUACAAAAAUCGAGUACGUGCAAUAACAAUUCCAAGGCC